AUGUACGUCGACGUGGAUGAUAUACAACGAGAACUGAAACCUUGGGGAAGGUACCAAGUGUUACAACUUCUUUAUCUUUUCGUCUCCUAUCUCCCGGUGGCCAUUCCCUUAUUCAUCGUUAUAUUUAUCGGAUACACUCCCCCUCACAAAUGUGCCGAGCUGUCUAAGCCUCUGCAGGAAUAUAGACUCGGAAUUCCGGGGGGAAAUGACUCGGAUUACGUCAUCAAUUACGGUCAGUGUGAGCUGACCAUCAGCAGUAACCAGAGCAACAGUAGUUGGACACCGGUUACUACUUCCUGUUUACAAGGCUAUAGUUACGAGACAACAAAGGAAUAUUCUUUUGUCAGCGAAUGGGAUCUCGUCUGUGACAAACAGGGACUUGGGGGCCUCACCACGACACUGAUCAUGGUCGGUCAGGCGCUUGGAGCAACAAUUUUUACCACGCUUUCCGACCGAUAUGGAAGGAAGACAGUUUUUCUGGUCACUUUCAUUCCCUUAACUGCUGUUCUGACGGGGACCGCCUUCUCGCCAAACCUUCUUGUAUUCAACAUCUUAAGGAUUAUCACGGGUUUCAUACAGCAGGGUCUUGGUUUAUCUAUGUAUGCAUUGUGUAUCGAGAUGUUCCCCUUAGAGAAUCGUGGCGCCAUUGCCGCCGUUGCUGGUUUAUAUUGGGCGAUCGCAGCACUUUUCUUUGCCGGAUAUGCUUUUGUCCUUCGGAACUUCUCGUGGCGGAUCUUGCAACUAGCUUGUGCAGCCCUCGCAUUUCACUGUGUAUUCGCCCAUUGGAUUGCCGACGAAUCACUGAGAUGGUUGAUAGCGAAUAAUAAACGACGACAAGCAAUGAAGAUGAUUAAGAAUAUCGCCAAGAGGAACAAACUAGAUCCCUAUAAAGCACUCUGUAUGUUAGAUGGGGGCGGAGACCUCAAAACACUGUCCGUCACGGACCCAGGGGAGACAUCUUUACUUCAAAAUGAAACGGAAGUAGGACACGACGAGCGAAAUGAAUUUCAUGACGGAAGUAAAAAGGAGCGGUCAUUGUUUCAACUUGAAGCGGAAGUUAGAAUUGGAAAUAAGCAAUCGGAACAUGGAAAAAAUUCUGAGUUUGGUAAUGGGGAAGCACCACUGAUAUAUCAAAAGGAACCGGAAACUACUAAUGGUCAUGCGCACAACGUCUUAGAUCGAAGCAAUGAUGAAGUGUCGAAUGAAAAAAGAGCAGAAAAAUACACCAUCCUGGAUAUCUUUAAACAUAAACUGCUUCUCAGGAACUCACUGAUCACGUGGUAUACUUGGUUUAUCAACAGUCUGACAUAUUAUGGUCUGUAUCUCUCGUCCGUAACUUUAUCAACAGACCGGUAUAUCAACUUCCUCAUCAACGCAGCCUUGGAGAUACCAGCAGGGGUGGUGGUCUGGCUACUCAUUAACAGGAUUGGGAGAAAGAAGACGUCCAUCAUCUUCCACUCUUUCGCCGGAGUCGCUCUUAUUCUUUCUGUUGUCAUGAAGCUCCCAAAAGAUGACACAGGAGUCGCCAAUAUCUGUUCUAUUACGUUUAAUUUCCUGGGAAAGUUUGCCAUCACUGCGUCCUGGACAACAAUGGGCCUCUACACUCCAGAGAUAUAUCCCACAAAUCUCAGGAACGCUGGACUAGGCGCCGCGUCUGCUGCAGCUCGGUUCGGAGGGAUGUUAUCACCAUAUGCGGAUUUACUGGCUCGGCAAGUGUUCUGGGGGCCGGGGGUGAUAUUCGGUGUGGGUUCCCUUCUUGUUACUGUAGGAAUGCUGAUGCUACCGGAAACCAAUGGAAGGGAGUUACCACAGACACUCGAGGAACUCCUCAGCUGGUACAAGGGGGACCGGAACCGGAAACUCGCGCCAAAUGAUACAGAGACUGACACCGUUAUCAAAGAAAAUGGAGAGACUAUUAUAUCUACGUAA